GAAUGAGAUGAUGGGGAAGUGAGAAAUGGUACAGAAAGAAGAGGAAAGGUUAAGAUGAUGGAGUGGGAGAAACAAGAACAACAACAGCAGGAAAAUGGAGGUGCCUUGUACGUUAAGGUCAUGACAGAUGAACAGAUGGAACUUCUUCGACGCCAAAUCUCUGUCUAUGCCACCAUUUGUGAGCAGCUUGUGGAGAUGCAUAAAGCCAUUACUUCCCAACAAGAUCUCGCAGGAAUGAGGCUUGGAAAUCUAUACUGUGAUCCCUUAAUGUCGUCUUCUGGCCACAAAAUCACUGCCAGACAGCGGUGGACCCCAACUCCACUGCAAUUACAAAUUCUCGAACGCAUCUUUGAUCAAGGCACAGGGACUCCAAGCAAGCAGAAGAUCAAAGAGAUAACUUCUGAGCUGACACAACAUGGCCAAAUUUCUGAAACAAAUGUUUAUAACUGGUUCCAGAACAGGCGGGCUCGAUCAAAAAGGAAACAAUUGGGACCAACAGCAAAUAACCCAGAAUCAGAAGUAGAGACAGAGGACGAGUCUCCAAAGGAAAAGAAAGCAAAACCUGAGGACAUCCAUUCACAUGAGAACCCAAAUCCAAGGGCUGAGGAUACAUCCUUCCAAAGUGCUGAGAUAAGCUCCGAGCUUCAUGCCUUUGAUCCACAGCCCAACAAGGAUGAUUCAAUGUUUCCGUCUGAUGGUAGCUCAAAAUCUCAAGGGAGUUUGGGCCACAUAUCUUUCUAUGAUAGUCUGCUAACGAAUCCAAGAAUUGACCACCUGAUGGGAAAAAUGGAAAUGCCAGGAGUCUUUAAUCCUUAUCGGCAGGGAGAAGACUACGACUUGAUUGGAUGAUGCUCUCCUCAUGUGGUGCUGUUUUGUCACGCAAGAUUACACUGACUGGAAUCCAAGGUGCUGAUGGCAUCUUGAGAUUGAUAGACUAGUUAAUAGUUAGAGAGAAACAGUUUUUAUUUAUGAAAAUAUAUAGAUCACACAUAACAUAGUAUAGUUUACAGUCAUACACAGGUAAACUAGGUUUAGCAGGACUGUUAAAGAGUGAAAUGCAUGGCAUAUUAGAUUCUCUAAGGACUGGGUGCCUUGGAUCUUAGAAGUUUAUUUAUGGACAUGGAAAGUAUAUAUUUAUAUAUAUCCCCAUUCUCUUGAACAUGAUAAUUUGCU